AUGCCUCCCCCCGGCGGAGCUAAGCGUAAGAGAGGCGACCGCUCAUACUCGGACGACCAGCAAAGCCCUCGUCCUUCGCCGCAUCGGCCGGGAAAUCUUCACCUAGCGCAACAAGGCAAUUUUCAGUCUUCGGGCAAUGAUCGCGACUACACCAACCCACGUGGUAGAGGUGGAAGAAGAUCUAGUCGAGGUGGAAGGGGUGCGAUCAAUACACCUAGUUCGGCCACCCAUUCCGAACAGUCCCCUGCCAUGACUGUAGAGGCUCCUCCGGUGAACAGCGAGACAGCUCCCACGAAUGGUACCGUGGCUACUCGGCAGAACCCUCCUACCCCCAGUAUUACCUUCACCGACCCUCCCCCCGAGCCCCUUCCCUACAACUAUACAGUUGUCACCCUCGAAGCUUGUGGCUCAUGGAAAACUGGUGGGAGAGACAAUGUUCUACAGCAGGGUCUGGCCGCAAUACGCGAGAAUGACACAACUAAGACCUCCGCAAUUGUUCAAGAGCUGUGUCUGUCCGUCGUAUAUGGACGUUUGGAACCUUUCGACGCCGGCGGACUUGUCAAAGCAAUGAUCGGUGCAGAUAUUUCAGACAAGCGCACCGAGACAGUCCCCGACUCAACGCCACUGCAAACCAUCGUUCUCGACUCAGUAUCCAUCAUCUUUGAAGCCACUGUAAACUUGCCGACCGAUCGACUGUCGGCCUUCAUCGCCAGUACCGCAAUCCCUGACGAAUUGUUGCGUCUCGAAUUGGAUGCUCCUCUGCUCGAAAAGUUGGAUCUGAUUAGGAACACUUUCAGCCGGAUGAAUAUCAGGAAGCAGACAAAUCUGCUCUACCGCCAAGCAAACUUCAACUUACUGCGCGAGGAGUCAGAAGGUUUCGCAAAGCUUAUGACCGAACUGUUCACCACGAGCGGAAACGAGCCUCCCACUAGCGACGUUGUCGAAGAAACGGUUGAGAAGGUCAAGGCAAUGAUUGGCGCGUUCGAUCUCGACGUAGGGAGAAGUCUUGACGUUGUCCUUGACGUCUUCGGUGCAGUUCUCGUCAAACAGUUUCGAUUUUUCGUCAAGUUUCUGAGGGCUAGUCCUUGGUGGCCGCGAUCCACGACAGUCCAGAGGAACCAUAACGCCUUGAGCGGUCUUCCUCUAUGGGCACUGCCCUCAUCUCCUAACUGGCACCUUACGGGUGAGCAAAAAGAAGUUGUUGAUACUCAGGCUCGCACCCGUGAUGAAUCCUUCUGGAACCUAGCCAGAGAAAAAGGCCUACCAGCAUAUCACCUUCUUGGCAGAAAUGCGGCAACUGCGGAGCAAAUUUCGUCGGCUGCUUCAGCUCCUGAAGAAGACCUGGCUGCGCAGUGGAUACGGGAGACAGGUGUACAACCGCCACCAGGCAAUCGUGACGCAGCACAGCUACUCGGGUUCAAGCUACGAUUUUACUCGUCGUCACCAGCACGUGACGAAACAGAUGUUCUUCCUGAUAAUCUGAUUUAUCUGUCUGCCCUUCUCAUCAAGAUCGGUUUCAUAUCGUUGAGAGACUUGUACCCUCAUAUAUGGAGGAGUGACGAGGACAUGGAGGAGUUGAAACAACAAAAGACAAAGGAAAAGGCGGAGCGAGAACGAGCAGCGAGACCUGGCGCCGGUGCUAGGAACGCUCUACUACUAGCAGGUGCACUCGUAGACGACACUUUGCCUGUGCCGGCACGGUUGAAAGACUCGGGCACCCGCUCCAGCACGCCCUCCAAGGAAGUCGACAGUGAGAAGCCUAGCACCAAGGACACAAACGAACCUUCCGAUCAGAAAGUGCUGUUACUAAAAAGUCUCCUCGCCAUCGGAGCACUCCCUGAGGCCUUGUUCAUAUUAGGUCGCUUCCCAUGGCUGAUGGAACUAUUCCCCGACCUCGCCGAAUACGUCCACCGCAUUCUACAUCAUUCUUUGAGCCACGUCUACAACGCAACGCAGCCUUUGCAAGAUCGCCUUUCGCUAUCUGAAAGAAAGCCUAGCUACGAAACUGAUGUCCCUGGCUUACAAAAAGGGCAAGUGAAGAUCGUUGACAGUCCAGACCGAAAGGUGCUACGUUGGGCCCUUCUUGACCGUAACGACAGUGCCGAUGGGACUGACUAUCGUUUUUACUGGGACGAAUGGAAUGACAAUAUCCCAGUCUGCAGAACCGUUGACGAUGUAUUCACCCUCUGCGAUACCCUGUUGCCUCUUGUUGGGGUAAAAAUUGGUCAGGACCCAGGUCUCCUGCUAAAGUUUGCCCGCAUAGGCAAACAUAGUCUACAGACCGAUCGAACAGAGCAAAAUCGUUCUCGGUGGCUGGACUUGAGCAAACGCAUCUUGUUGCCGUCAUUGAGCUUGACGAAAUCCAACGCCGGUGUUGUCAACGAGGUCUUCGAAUUGAUUAGCAACUUCCCAGUCAGUGUUCGAUACUUGAUGUAUCUGGAGUGGUUGUCCGGAAGAACCUCGCGCAAUCCCGAUAUCAAAUCAGCUUUUGACCAGGCGAGAGCGGAAACCAAAGAUAUACUUAAGCGUAUCUCCAACACGAAUGUUCGGCCAAUGGCUCGAUCAUUAGCCAAAAUCGCCUUCGCCAACCCCCAUAUCGUCAUCACUACUGCGCUUACUCAGAUCGAAGUCUAUGACAGCAUUGCCGAAGUAUUUGUCGAGGGUGCACGCUAUUUCACGGACCUUGGCUAUGAUGUUCUAACUUGGGCUAUCGUGAGUUCUAUGGCGAAAGCAGGAAGAAGCCGUACGCAAGAAGGGGGUAUGUUUACCAGCCGCUGGCUGUCGGCUUUGGCCCAGUUCGCGGGCAAGAUCUACAAGCGAUACGGCAUGAUGAGACCGGGACCGAUCUUGCAAUAUGUCAUGGAACAACUCGAACAUGGAAACACUACAGACCUCAAAAUGUUAGAACAGAUCGUUCUCGCCAUGGGUGGAAUUGCCCCCGACACCAGCUACAAUGACGCCCAGUUACAAGCCAUGGGGGGUGGCCCCUUACUCCAGUCGCAGACUAUCCUUCAAUUACUCGAUCGCCGGCACGAUUCCAAGAAAACUUCGGAGCGAUUGAUGAAAUCACUCCAGGACACUGGCUUGGGAGCCAAGUUCUUGAUUGCUAUGGCUCAACAACGCCAGGCUUGUGUUUUUGAGCAGGGCGACGUACCACUCAAGGCCAUCGGCAAUACUUAUGACGAGGUGCAUCGAGUUAUGGUCCAAUACCUCGAUUUGCUACGCACCAAUCUCUCCGCCGAAGACUUCCAAUCAACCGUACCAGAUGUGGUGAGUCUACUGAUCGAAUAUGAGAUCCGGCCCGAGAUUGCAUUUUGGAUCAGUCGGCCAUCCAUUUCCAGACAAAUUGUCGAGCAUGACAGAGAGAAUGCAAAGUACCAUCGCUUGGAAGAUCUUCCAGACAGACCGAUCAAUGGUGACGUUGAGAUGUCCGACCAGAUCAACGGCGGUUCUGAAGAAGACGGCGAGGCGAUCGAGACUGAUACGGCCGCUAACGAUUCGCCUCCUGAUGGCGAUGCCUCGGGGCCUAUCCUUGAGCUAGAACCAAGUGGAAAGACCGCAGGUCCUUCGGAUAUCACUGCAGAAAAUUGCUGGCAUCCUGUCAUGCGAGACCUUAUGCAGGCUAUUGAGCCCUCGCUUCCGAACGAAGUAGUCGAAACCAUAGGCACCGGCUUCUAUGCUACCUUCUGGCAGCUGUCUUUGUACGACAUCACCAUUCCAGGUAAAUCGUACGAGGACGAGUUGUCACGUCAGCACAAGAAAAUCGCUGCUAUCUCGGCAGACCGCUCAGACGUAAGCAUGUCUGGGUCUAAGAAAAAAGAACUCGCAAAGAAGGAAAUCACAGAUCUAGUUGACAAGCUGCUUGCAGAGAACAAACAACACCUCAAGGCCUUUGCAGAAAGUAAGGCUCGAUUGCAACGCGAAAAAGAUCAAUGGUUCUCUGGGAAGGCUAGAAUGGACAAACAGCUCAACACGUCUUUGAUGGAAUACUGUUUCCUUCCUCGUCUUCUCUCUUCGGCCCUGGACGCCUACUUCUGCUUCAAAUUCGUCAAGUUUCUUCAUGGCGUUGGAACACCAAACUUUAGAACGCUUGGCUUCUAUGACUUAAUUUUCAGAACGCCACGACUCGUGUCUCUGAUAUUCAUGUGCACAUCCAAGGAGGCCGAUAAUCUGGGCAGAUUUCUCAACGAGGUUUUGAAAGAUCUUUCUCGGUGGCAUACCACCAAAGCGACGUACGAGAGAGAGGCCUGGGGAAGCAAGAAGAACCUGCCCGGUUUUGCCAUGAAAGUCGAAGCAGGAAAAGUUGUGUCUCUAUUGGACUUUGAGAGCUUUCGAAGGGUGCUUUACAAAUGGCAUGGCAACCUCUAUGCCGCGCUGCAGAAGUGUCUGGGGUCGCCAGAGUACAUGCACGUUCGAAAUGCAAUCUCGAUACUUCGUACAAUUUCAGCAGUCUACCCUGCUGUGAAUUUCCACGGAACGGGAUUACAGAAGGCUGUCGAUAAGCUUCGCGAUUCAGACAAGGAAGACCUUAAAGUCUCCUCCCAGGCUUUGCUCGGAGCUCUACACAGGAGGGAAAAGGUCUGGAGCGACCCGCAAGCGUUCCGACACGGCUCAGAAACCGUUGGCGAGACCACUCAGACUGCUUCUCAGACAAAAUCCGAAAGUACCAGAGAUCCGGAGGCUGCACAAAGCAAGCGAGACGAGGACGGUGAACUCAAGGACACUACUAUGACAGACGUCCCUGCGAAGAAGGAAGAGAAGCCGUCCAUUGAGAAAAAGGAAGUAAAACCACAAAAGCACCCAGCAUCAGCAGAAUCUUCUCGCCCUGCGUCCAGGCCAGCCUCACGGUUGGCAACGACGAACGGCUCUUCCACGCCCACGAGACAAACAUCCGAGAUUAGCUCAACAGCAAAGCCAGAUGCAAGAGCCAGCCGCCCUGAGACGAGUCGUACUCAAAAUCUUCCUCGUCGCGUAUCACCUCCACCUCCUCCUCGAGCUCAGCCAACAGGCUUGCCCAAUCGGCCAGACUUCCCAGACCCUCGGUCCGGUAACAGGGAAAGUCCACGUAUGUCGGCGAGAGUUCAGGCUGAACCGCAUAGACCACCUUUCGAGGCUCGAAGCAAUCACAGCCGAGACACGCGGCCUAGUUACCGAAGCCAUGAAUCAGCUGCGGAAGAUCUUGAUCGACACUCGCGAAGGUACGAACGGCCCGACGUCCCACCGCAUGUCAACCGUGAUGACCGUGGAUAUUCGCGAGAUUCUGACAGAGGUAAACCCUAUGACCGCAGCACACAGUCGGAGCGAGAUCGCCCCUCAACUCGACCUCCACCCAUGGCUGAUCGCAAUAGAGAUGGUCGAGACCGCGAGUCAACACCAAGAUCACGACCGCUAACAUCAUCCGAGCCGCCCGCUACGACUUCCCAAAACCUGCCGAAACGGGACCCGGAUCAGCUAACUUCAAAAGAAGCACCUAGCACUCCGGCGGCACAACCUGCCAUCAACCCUGCCCGCGCUGCCCUGAUCGAUGGCAAUUCCGACCAGCGCUCGACCUCAGGUACACGGGGACCGGGACCCGAGAGAUCGUCGAGAUCCUCGCGGCCCACUUCUCCUCGUCGAGAAGAAGAUCGGAGGUCGUAUUCUCGUCGUGACGGAGACGAGAGACUCCCUCCUAACAGUCGACCUGAGCCCCCACCACCACGUCAGCCACCGUACGCUUCGUCCCCGGCCACCGAUCCUUCUUCUUUUGGACCGGGAGCACGUAGCAGUGGGCAUAGCAGUUUCAAACGGGAUUCUAGACAAGGUCCACCGAUCGACAUGCAGCAUGGCCGACUCGAGCGAGAGUCUCCCUCCCAACGACCGAUGAGCUCUCGUGGUUCUGACACACAACAGGAGGCUGAAGUUCCUUCCGGGCCUCGUGGCAGGCCAGCACCAGGAGCUGGUACGUCAAUGAGAACCACUUCUGUUAAUACGCACGUUCCCACAGGCGCUAGCACCGAGAGACCAACACCGACAGGGCCUUCACGCCGGCACGGGCGCUCAAGCUCGUACAAUGAAACUGCCCCCUCACCCGGCGCGCCGGCUGAAGCAAUUGGCGUUCAUCCUUCUCGAUUGAAUCAAAUCGAGGCGUCAGCAACGACAGAAUCUUCACGAGCUGCCCAGCCUCCCCCGUCUCCUCACCAGAGCCAACCACCUUCGGGACCCCGAGGCAACGCACCCCCCGGUGCUCCCUCAGGACCUUCACCAUCAUCGAGAGGCCCGGCAUCUGGUCCUCACAAUGCGGACAUGGGCGGAAGGUCUGGACGAAACAAUCGGCAUCCACUUGCUGCCGUCAACAACACGCUGGCCCAAGCCGGGACAUCAAUUCGUGGAAGGGGCGGUUCUACAAGACAAUCCGGAGACUCUUUCGGCCCUGCUUCCGGAAUGGCGCCACCACCGCCCCCUCCGCCGCCGCCGCCGGGCGGCCCUCCAGCAAACUACAAUCCUAGUUCAAAUGGCUACCCGGCACAGAAGGACCUAUUUCCCACACAGAACCCCAAUGAUGUUCCUGUCGGUGCUCGGACAUCAUCUUCACGGCAUGAAAGCGGGAAAGAUCGAAGAGCUGAGCUCUCCGAUGAACGCGGGUCGGAUAGAAGAUCAUCUCGACAUUCCAGCCGACAUGAUGACGGGCGGGAAGAGCGAGAACGUCGCAGUGACAGGGAGAGUAGAGAUGGACGUGACGAUAAACAUGGUGGCGGAGACCCGCCAAGGAAAGACGAACGAUCGAGCCGAAGGGAUCAAUAUCCGCCAGAAAGUGGCGAUAGGAGAGGAGGCUAUUCAAGAUCAGGACCACCGCGAGACGAGCAGAUGUCGAGGAAGCACGGCAGAAACGACGAUGGGGCACCUUACGGUGGAGGACCUGGACCGGGCAUGGGCGGCAGAGGAGGUGCUAGAAUUGCCAGCGAAACCAAACGUCCCAGGAGAGGACCUUGA